CGUCUGGAAGACAUUCAGAAGUGAGGACUCCAGUCUAAGGCUCGGGAGAGAGAUCUGGGCUGGAGAUGGAGUUUGGGAUGCCGCAGAGCAUCAGUGACCCCCGGAGCUGCAGGAGCGAGGAGGCUCACCUGCAGCCUCUCUGGAUGGGGGUGAAGCGGAGUCUUCAGAGCGGGGGCACCUUGCUGGGCCUCUUGGGCAACGUCUUGACGAUUCUCUCCACUGCCACCAACUACUGGAACCACUCUACUGGGGGCCACAGCGGCCUGUGGCAGGAGUGCAACGGCAGCCUCUGCUCCAACAUCCCCUGCCAGACCAUGCUGGCAGUGACUGGGGCGUGCAUGGUGCUGGCCGCCGGCUGCGGCAUCGUGGGGUUGGUGAUGGGGCUGCGGAUUCUGUGCCAGGAGGGCAACUCGCGGGGCCAGACCACGAGCGCCAUCUUCUUCCUCUGCGGCCUGCUGCUGCUGAUCGCCUUGACAGGCUACACGGUGAAGAACGCGUGGAAAAACGACAUCAUCUUCUCCUGGUCCUAUUUUUUGGGGUGGCUGGCCUUACCCUUCUCUGUUCUUGCGGGCUUCUGCUUUCUGCUGGCGGAUAUGAUCGUGCAGGGCACGGAUGCCAUCAGUGGAUUCCCCGUGUGCUUGUGACCGCAGCCUGCCUGGGGUAGAAUAAAGGACGCGCUUCCGCCGCCGCAGCUCCGAGUGUCUUUCUGGGGACGUGAGGACGCGGGCACGGGCGACAUGAACGGACGUGGGAACAUGUACAAGAACAGGGACUCGGGCACAGGGGUACAUGGAGGCUCAGGGAGGAAGAACAUAGGAUAUGAACCUAUAGGGAACGUGGGGCCAUGGGGGGGGACGGGCAAGGAAACACGAGCAUGGAGUGGACAAGGGACACGGAUUUGGAGGGGAACGGGGACACAAGGGGAGUGGGGUCAGGAGGGGACAUGUGCACAUAGAAGGGAUGUAGGGACAGAGAUAUGAGGGAAAGUGGAGACACGGACAAGGGAGGACGGAUAUGGAGGGAGGUAGAGGCGUGAUCAUGGGACAAGCAACGUGGAGAAAAUGGGGGGACACGGACACAGGAGGACUCAGAGGCGUGGGGACACGGGCACUGCGUCUUGGAGCGGCGAGGAGGAGGUAGGGAACUGGAGGAGCGGAUAGGUCCGAGGGCGUUGGGAAAGGUUCAGGACA